AGUUGAACUUAGUCAAAUAGAUUAUCAAAUAAAACGGCAGCUUAUAUUCUUCUAGCACAAUACAUUAACAAUAUAAUAUAGACAAAAACAAGCUAGGUAAACAUGGGUAAUUUCUUUGCAUCUAAUCAUAACAGGAAACCUGUGUUGCCAGAACGUGUGUUGCCGGAACAUGUGUUGCCCGAACUAACUGGACCAUAUCCUUCAGUCAUUAAAACAGAAUUAGUUACAGAGGUUAACUCUGAUGUCACAGAUGAAGUAAAACGCUUAGGAGACUUUGUACAUUUAACAUCUAAGGCAGCUGAUGUAAGGAAUAGAUAUACACCAGCUAAACUCAGUAAACAUACAUCAUUCAUUGAAAACAAUAUGCAAACUCUAGUAGGAAAGGUUGGUGAAUAUGACUCAAUGUUAAGUUCCAAGGAGCUUCUCAGACGUGGUAGCUCAUAUAGUGGAACUAAAGUUAUGAGGCCAGAUGAAUACGAUUACAUGCCAAUCCUGGCAAACUUUAACACUAACACAGUGGAGGUGGAGGAUGUGGCAGAUACAUGUUAUGAUUGGUAUAGAGACAAGGGAUAUGGUUACAUUAAAGUGAAACCUGGAGCUCUAUCAAUUCGACACAAUAUGAAAAACACUAGAUAUAAUCGAUUUAAGAAGUAUUUAUGUAGUGUAAAACUUUUUUCUGAACUGAGAAAACUAAUUAUAAAGUCCCUACAACACAUGGAUACAUUGACAUUUAUAGGAGUAAGAGAUCACGAGAACACUAAUGCUCAAUACAAGAGAGGAGAGAUAAGUAUCCACAGGGGCAUGCAUGGUACCAGCUUCUGGCUGAGGGUUGGUGGGCCCCUGUGUACUACUGAUAUAGACCUCUGUUUCUCUAUAGAGGGGAACCCAACUGAGCAACUGGGGCCCUGUCUAAUGGUAAAUGGUGAAACUGAUAAAGACAAGUGUGAGUGUGGCUAUUCCUACUCACAACACUGGAUGAAAUCUGUCAUAAACCCCCCUGUUAACACAAAAUAUGUUUUGUCUGAAUCUCACAUGGAACUAUUCCUAACUCUUAAGUACAUCACUCAUCUUGCUUCAGAAAUGUCACAUGAGACAGAUCCUGAAACACUCUCCAGCUAUACUGUAAAGAUGGUGUUGUUAACACAUCAGCAGACCUGUAAGGCAGUAAAUGUGGGAGAAUGCUUUAUGGAUAUUGUCAGAAGGAUCCGGAAUGAUAAAGAUAUUAACAAUCUACACAUAUACUCACCAAAAUACACACAUGAUGUAUUCUUUCCUGAGAGAGUGCUAUAUCUCCACAAAUCUCACAGUCGUGCAGCAAUUGCAUGGUUCAUGUUCCAAGUGAGCCACACUGAAGAUGAUGGAUGGAUACACAAACUACUUAGAUUGACUCAGGAGCCCCACACACCUAAAUGGUGGGACAAACAACUUAGUAAGAAUGACAGGGAUAGUAGACAGUUGAGAGAUUUAAUGAAGGUAAUCAAAACGUGUGACAGUUGGCAUUAUGAGUCUUCUGGGUAUGAUCAACUCAGAUUAGAAUGGUACCACAGAGAUGGCAGUGUAAAGGCCUCAUUAACCCUGGAGUAUAAAUAAGCAGUUGUACUUAUUGUGAUCAGAGAAUUGAAACAAUAUAACAAUUCACCUAAACAUAGAUGUCACUGUGUUCUUCACAUUUAUCUAACAUCUUACUAUUAAUCCAGCACUGAUCGUAUGAUCACUUCAAAGUGACAGAAU